CUUCAUUUCCCCGAUGGCUGCGGGCUCCAUUUCCUGAGCUAGACUUGAAGGGCUGAAACCGUCAUCUAAGGUUUUUUUUUCAAGUUCUCAGGAAGAAAGUGUGACAGCGAACUGAGGCUUUUGGCUGCUCAGCGGGUCACCUCAUCCGGCAGAGCUGGAGGACAAGAGCGUGGCGCCUAUCGAGCGAUCCAACUUCCGGUCGGCGGUCAAAAACCUAGGGCCCUUCUCCUUUAAUUGCGGUGGGCGGGACGCGGCGACGCCACCAGCGUUGCUAUUGGCGGCGAUUGGGGGCGCGGAAACUGAACUGGCACAACUGCCGACCCAGCUAUCUCUGGCAUUUGGGGCGCAGCUGGUCCUGCCAACCCCGCUAGCCCCGCUAUGGCUGCUCCUAGCCAGGAGGACCCCUCAUUGGAGAGACAUUUUAAGGGCCACCGAGAUGCAGUUACCUGUGUGGACUUCAGUCUCAACACCAAGCACCUGGCCAGUGGCUCCAUGGACUCGACCCUCAUGAUCUGGCACAUGAAGCCCCAGUCGCGUGCCUACCGCUUCACGGGCCACAAGGACGCUGUGACGUGUGUGAAUUUUUCCCCAUCGGGACACCUGCUUGCCUCAGGCUCCCGAGACAAGACUGUUCGCAUCUGGGUACCCAAUGUCAAAGGUGAGUCAACCGUAUUUCGUGCACACACGGCCACAGUGAGGAGUGUCCACUUCUGCAGUGAUGGCCAGUCGCUUGUGACAGCCUCCGAUGACAAGACAGUCAAAGUGUGGUCAACUCAUCGCCAGAGGUUCCUGUUUUCCCUGACCCAGCACAUCAACUGGGUCCGCUGUGCCAAGUUCUCCCCUGACGGGCGGCUCAUCGUGUCUGCCAGUGAUGACAAAACUGUCAAGCUGUGGGACAAGACCAGCCGGGAAUGUGUCCACUCAUACUGUGAGCACGGCGGCUUUGUUACCUACGUGGACUUUCACCCCAGUGGUACCUGCAUUGCUGCUGCUGGCAUGGACAACACGGUGAAGGUGUGGGAUGCGCGGACUCACCGGCUGUUGCAGCAUUAUCAGUUACACAGUGCAGCCGUGAAUGCCCUGUCCUUCCACCCGUCGGGAAACUACCUCGUCACAGCCUCCAGUGACUCAACCCUGAAGAUCCUGGACCUGAUGGAGGGCCGGCUGCUUUACACGCUCCACGGGCACCAGGGGCCUGCUACCACUGUUGCCUUUUCAAGAACAGGGGAGUAUUUUGCUUCUGGAGGCUCUGAUGAGCAGGUGAUGGUCUGGAAGAGUAACUUUGACGUGGUUGACUAUGGAGAUGUGAAGGCCCGGAGGCCCCCACCCCUAACCAGCUCUUCUGGGACUCUGCCAGAAAUGGAUUUGCCUGUCCCACCAGGCAGAGGCAAGAGUCUGGAGUCAGUUCAAGGCGAACCCCAGGAGCCCGUCAGUAUGCCCCAGACACUGACCAGCACACUCGGGCACAUCGUGGGCCAGCUGGACAUCCUCACACAGACAGUGUCCAUUCUGGAACAGCGGCUGACACUGACAGAAGACAGGCUGAAACAAUGCCUGGAGAACCAGCAGCUAAUCAUGCAGAGAACACCUCCGUGAUGAGGGAAGCAAGGAUCAGGAGCUCAGUGGAUUGGGGGGACAGCAGGCCAGGGAUUUGUAUGGUGACUUGAGUAAAUAAAUAAAGGGAUCCCACCUGAGGGAGCCACAUCUUACCCAGUCUGGGAUUGGGUGCCCUCCCCCACCCUGCCAGUGCUCUUUGUACCUGGAAGCUCUCUGUCUGACAGUGGGAAGCUCCCAGUGGGCAGAGCCACACAGAAAGGAGACUGGAGACCCAGAAGGCAGGGCCACACUCAGUUUAACAAAAAAGAGCCAUUUGUGUUUCCUCAGAAUCCUAAAAUGGUGGCUCUCUCUCUCCUCUUCCUCCUCUUCCUCCUCCUUCCUCUCCUUCCUCUCCUUCUCUCUCCUUGCCAGAUCUUCAUUUACCUCACUUUCAGCCUCCUGACUGGUUUCUAAGUUGACUGCUCAUUGCUUAGAUGGGCCAAGAAUUUCUUUCCAUUUGACCCCUUCCCUGCCUAAGGUCCCCAGGGAGCCCACCUGGGUCAGGUUUGUUCAGGAACGAGCUAGGUGGGUGGAAUAGGUAGGUCCUUUGCAAUGGCCUUAAUUUCUGUUACCACAUAUAUUCACCAGGACUCAUGGCUUCUUCCACUCUAUAUGCAUGAGAGUAAAGGAAUCUGAAAAUUAAAACUACUUUGCCUGAUCUUGUACAGGAAUGGCUUGUUCUGGGUAAGACCUAUUGAGCCCUCCCAUCCCAAGGUCCCUAAAGGGAGAGCCACAGCAGCAGCGGCAAGUGGGGUACUUAGAGACCAAGGACACCCUUGUUUGCAGCUGUUUGGGGUACUGGGGUGCAAGCAUAGCCAAAGGCCCUGUGUACUACCCAUACCCUCUUAACUGGCCUCCAUAGGGAUGCGGAAGCCCCAGGAGUCCGUCCUGUUUCCAUUCAUUCCUGAGGGCUUCCCGGGGCCUCUUCCUCCACAUCUGGACUGGGAAAGCCAUAGUGAGUGCUUUUCCAUGUCUGAGUUGCUUGUGCCUUCAGCCUUGAGCAUCUUGGGGCUUAGCCAAUCAGGGAGGUCCUUAGCUUAGCUUACUUCCCUGCACAGAGGUGGGUCGGAAACUGUCAGAACCGGUGGUUAAUACAGUCCCAGCCCUUGCAGCUCCAAGGAGAAGCAGAGCCUGAAUGUCCUAAGAGUUCAGGCCGGCAAGAGGGCCAGUCUGUGUUGAUUUCUGACAAACUAAGUGUGGGAGGUUGCCUCCUCUAACUUCCAUUAGGUGAGGGAAGCUGAAUUCCAGGGUCAGACCUUGGUCCUGCCCCUCCCCCAGCUGUCCCUCUUAAUACUGUGGUCUAACCUCUCUGGGGCUCUGAGUUUUGAAGUAAUGGCCCUAUUCCUCCCAGUGCCGAAUACUGGCUCAAGGGAACCUGUUGCUCUGUCCAGUCCCACUAGAUGGCAGAGCCUAUUGUCAAAGACAGCAGGUAGGGAAGAGCUGGGGCUCUCAUGGUGCCCUGAGAAGCUGCAGUGUGAGAAGCUUGGUGGCCUCUGGCAGGAAAGCCACUCAGCUGCCCCUAGGGAUAGUAAGCACCCCAUCCCAUGAGCCUUAGCUGGCAGCCAACUCAAACGGCACAGCUUGUGUGGCCAGCCUUGUCAUCCCUCCCCCCUUGACUCCCUGCAUGGCUUCUUUUGGUGGAGUCAGGCAGAGUGUAGAUAGGCCCACAUGGGAGCAUACACCUUUAAUUCCAUCACUCAGUAGGCAGAAGCAGGCAAUCUCUUAGCUGGAGCCUGGUCUCACAGUAAAUCCCUGUCUCAAAACACAGGUAGGGGCGGGAACAUCCAUCAGCUUCCAUCCAUCCUUCUCUGCUUCCUGGCUGUGGGUUCAUGGUAACCCGCAGCAAACUCCUACUGUGCCGAACUAUGAGCCAAAUAAAGCUUUCCUUCCC